AUGGUAAACUACGCCGAAGUUACAGACCAGCCCCGGUUCACGCUGCGAAAGAAUCGCAAGCUAGUGGUGUCUGUAACGAAAGACAUGCCAGACCAGAGUCCCGUACUAAACAGUGAAAUGGCUUUAGUUAUGGGGCACACGUAUGAUACUCAAAACACGUUCUACACGGUGGGUACUAUGGACGGCCGUAUUGACCGAGUCACGAGUCACAUCUGGCAGAAGGUUUACAGUAGAGAAAGCUAUCGCACUCCAUUCGAACGCUCCCACAUUGUUGGCGCCAACUUAGUGCCUGGGGCAAAUAUACCUGCUCAUGACGACACCGACGUCAUAAUCAUGAAAGAUAUUGAAGCCGCCCGAGCUGCUAGGCGUGCUAAAUUAGCUUUAGCUCGCAAAGGACGCUCGAGGCCUUCCGACGCACUCUCAGAAGAAGACGAGUCAGAAGAAGAAGACGAAGAAGACGAACCUGACGCGGCUGCGCAGGCCGCGCAGAGUGAGUUAGAUCUGCCAAUUGACCUUCCCACGGAUGAAGAAGAAGAAGAUCCUGAUGACCCCAAUGCCUCCAGCAACUGUUCUCUCCUUGCACCGCCUCCAGCAACUGUUGGCAAAGGCAAAAGCGGGGGCAAACAUAAGACUAAGAAGUCUAUGAAGAAAAAGACAGCGCCCACUGGCACCUCAACGGAUCCCGCUAGGACUUCUGAACCUUCACCGGUCGUGGCUCCUGCGACUCCAUCUGUGGCUCCUGCGACUCCAUCUGUGAAAGGCUCUCAUUUACGAAAGUGGCUCCUUACGUUUCCAUCUGUGAAAGGCUCAAACAUCUCAGUGGCUCCUGCGACUCCAUCUGUGGAAGGCUCAAACAUCUCAGUGGCUCCAGCGACUCCAUCUGUGGAAGGCUCAAACAUCUCAGUGGCUCCUGCGACUCCAUCUGUGGAAGGCUCAAACAACAUCUCAGUGGCUCCUGCGACUCCAUCUGUGGAAGGCUCAAACAUCUCAGUGGCUCCUGCGACUCCAUCUGUGGAAGGCUCAAACAUCUCACUGGCUCCUGCGACUCCAUCUGUGGAUGGCUCUGGCUCAAACAUCUCACUGGCUCCUGCGACUCCAUCUGUGGAAGGCUCAAUCAUCUCACUGGCUCCUGCGACUCCAUCUGUGGAUGGAUCUGGAUCGAUGAUGUCAGUGGAUUCUGCAAGUAGUUCGGACCAUGGUAGAGAUGGCAAUGAAAGCGUCCUUGAGCCUGUGUCAACCCCAGCAACUAGAGAGGCAACCCAGAAAGAGUUGCACGUUGCCAAGAAACUAUACAACACUAACAGUAGGAUACUAAGUAGACUGGUGAGCACCCAUAAAGAAAUUUACAUGAAAGGAUUCAAUGCGACAACUGUUCCAUUGAUCUUUCCAUUUCUGAUGGCUCCAUUUAACAGUGAUGUUGAAUUCAUAGUCGUGUUGGUUAAGGCUCUCCAAGCUUCGGGUGCUAUUAGAGUGAAAUAAUAUGUUCCUAAUGUGCCUCAUGAAAUAAUAGUGAUUCAUCCUAAUGAUCUUAUCCUUAUAAUGAUUCAUAAUGUUCUUGUUCCAGCCGUUGUGCUAAAGGAAAAUAAUAAGUUCCAUAUACUUUAUUCAUGUUCUGUCUCAAUUUCUUGAAAUGAUGAUUCCUAAUGAUUUUGAUUCCUAAUGAUUUUUUUCCUAAUAAUAAUGAUUCAUAAUGUUCUUCCAGCCGUUAUUGCGAAGGGAAAGUAAUAUAUAUGUUUUUU